AUGUUCAAGCUCCUAACGCUGAUAUUGUUAUCAGCUUUGGCACUACAACUAAAUGGCUACAAGAUUCUAGUUUACACUUUACGCUUUGGCCAAUCUCAUGUCUUGUUCAUGGGUAAGAUCGCUGAUGUGUUGGCUGAAGCAGGCCAUGAUGUCACUUUCUACCAACACGAGUUUUAUGACAAAGUCAAGUUCGUCAACUGCUCCAAAGCCAAAGUUGUAGUUAGAAAGAGAGAUUUUAAAGUGAAACCUUUCCCAAACUUUUGGGAAACAGAUGGCAAGUCAACUAAGGAGUGGAUGGUAAGGUUUUUGAAAUAUUUUUAAGAUUUUUAUAUUGAAUAAUUACAAAACUUUUUUUUUAUAAUUGAAAUGUUUAUUUUACUUUAUUUAUUUGAGAGUAUAUUUUAAACAUUUUAUUAAAAUAUGUUUUUCCAGAUGUACCAAGACAUUGGUGAAGGCAUAGCUACUGCUUGUUAUCGUGAGUCAUUUUUCUACUCUUAAUAAAACAAAAAUAAAACCACGUAGCAUAAAAUUUAACUAAAAGUGUAAAAAAGAAUUACUUUUAACGUUUUAUUACCUAACUAUUAAGUUCUAAGCUUAGAACCCCUCAGCCCAUAAAUAUUUUUAAAAUUUUAACUUUGGUACAUUUUGAGCUCUAGACUGUCCUCUGUUCCUAAAGCAGAGCCAAAACUACAUAAAACAAUUUCUAGUUUCUGCUUUUCUAGUACUGUUAUUUCAAAAAUAAUGUUUUAACUUUGGUUUUCUUUCAAAACUUUUAAAAUUGAAGCAUUAUCUUAGGGUUGAAGACGCAAAAUCUAAGUCAUUUUGAAACUUAGUUCGUUAUAUACCAUAUAAUAUCUUUAAAAUAAAAUAUUAUGUACCAUAAAAGUAAAAAAUAAAUGCCAUUUUAGACCAACUAAUCGACACCAACCUCACCACCCAACUUCGAAAUGAGAACUUUGACAUAGCCAUUGGAGAACACUUUGAUGUCUGUACCUUUGCUCUGUUCGAGGUUUUGGGUAUCAAAAAGCAUAUUUCUGCUUAUGCAACUCCUAUGUUUCCUCAAGCUAUGACACUUCUUGGGCAUGGUAUUACAACUUCGUACUUGCCCGCGUUCAACAAUUACGACAUGACAUAUUGGGACCGACUAAUGGCUUUUCUUUUCCUACCAGUCGGCUUCUACUCGUACGACUACAUUUUUGAGAAACCGGUUAGAAAUGCGGCUUACAGAGCUAUGGGCCGAGAGUUGGAUGUUAGUGUAGGUUAAUAUUGUCAUUUUUGGAAGUUUUGUACAUUUAAAAAUUUUUUUUUGGGAAAAUUUGGCUAAAUUUUAAAAACGUACUUAAAAUUACUGUAACUUUUUUAUUGGCCAAAAUUUUAAAAUUAUUUUUCACUGUUAUGUAUUACUAUAACUACCCUAUACUUGCACAAAGUUAUAUGCUUUUAGCUAGUGCUCCAAAAUAGUUAUGACAAAAACAGAAUGACUUGUAUUACUUCAUGGUUAAUAUAACUCCAAAGCAAAAUAAAUUUACAACUUUUAGGCCGCCUUCAUCAGAAGCUCCUACGCAUUUGUCAACGGUGAUGAGCACCUGGAAUUCCAACAACCAACUUCUCAAAAGAUCAUCUACAUUGGUGGUAUCACUCAACACAAGAUUGGUCCACUUUCUUCCAAAUUCAAACACAUUUUUGGCAAUUCGAGACGAGGCGUUGUACUAGUUUCGUUCGGCACUGUUGCGACAGCUGAAGUGAUGCCGAAUAGAACAAAAGAGAUGCUGGCUGAGACGUUCAGACAAUUCCCGGAGAUUACGUUCUUGUUUAAGCAUGCCGAUGCCAACGACCCCAUCUUCAAAGACAUUCGCAAUGUCGCCAUCGAAGAGUGGGUGCCACAGAAGGAAGUUUUGGGUAAGGGUUUUAUCUUGUUGUUUUGGUAAGGGGGCGGAAAAGAUAAAUUUUAUCUUUAAAAUUUUCAGCUCAUCCCAAAACCGUUGGCUUCAUCACGCACGGCGGUCUGAACUCAGUAUCAGAAACCGCUUAUCACGGUGUCCCAGCCGUCUGUGUCCCAUUGUUUGGAGAUCAAGAACGGAACUGUAAGAUGGGAGAGAUGCGUAACAUCCUAGUUACAUUCCCUCGAAAUGACCUCACCCCACCGAGGUUGAUUGCCGCUUUGAGUGAGAUCCUGAACAACACCGUGAUCAUCGAAAGUGCUCAAAACAUGAAGCAUAUGAUGCAAAACAAGCCUUUGAGUGCCAGAGAUCGUGUGGUAAAGUUCACCGAACAUGCAGUGAGACAUGACAUUGCUGACGUUCAUGACUUGAGGUCAAGACAUUUGAAUACGAUUCAGUACUACGGUAUUGAUGUGUAUGUGCCUAUCUUGGUGAUCUUGUACUUUAAGUUGUUGAUCUUCUGGAGGUGCACGAUGUUUGUAAUAUGCAAGGUCUUUAAGCUAAAACGGGACUAA